AUGCCAUCCCUUUCUCCCGCCCUUCAGCCCCAGCUCACCCCCCAACCAGACGAGCCGUCCUUAUCGGUACAUACCGUUGCACUCUUCUCGGUCGCACUGACCCUGGUCUAUGUGCUGCCCUUCUAUCUGUCGCCCACCACGCGACCGACCCCGACUCUCAGCCGCGAUGCCCCAUCGGUGAUUCGAGCGCGCAUCCGCGCCGUCACGGGCUCCUGUAUCAUCGCCUCGCUCGUAGUGCUCUGGCUCGCCACCGAGGAGGGAAACACCUCCUUCGCAGCAGCCGUGAUGCUUCUCGGCUGGUGGCCCAUCAGCGUCGCCGAUAUCGCGCGCUGUGUCCUGCUCACAGCCGUGCUCUUUCUCGGCCCACUCUUCGAGCGCGGUAUCGUGGAGGGCGAAUGGCGGCUCUGGUUCCGCCGCAACAAACUAUACGAAAGCCUGAGCGGCUGGAUAGGAUGGAGGAAUUAUGUCGCCGUAAUCUUCAUCGCGCCGCUGUACUUCGGCAUUGCACACAUUCACCACUUCUACGAGUUCCGGCUUACCCACCCCGACACCCCUGCUCUUAUGGCGCUGCUGCGCUCGCUCUUCCAGUUCGGCUACACCACUAUUUUCGGCUGGUACGCCACUUUCCUGUAUUUGCGUACAGGGUCGCUCUGGGCUGUUAUCCUUGUGCAUAGCUUCUGCAAUUGGUGUGGGCUACCCCGGUUCUGGGGCCGGGUGGAGCCCGGCGAACCGCUUGGGCCGCCGCUGAAGCGGGCGAGGCAAGAGGCGGAGGUGAAGGCGGGCAUCGUGAUGGAUGACAAAUUGCAUGUUGGAUGGACGGUGUCGUAUUAUACGCUUUUGGUGCUUGGGGCUCUGCUUUUCGCGAAGCUGUUGUGGCCGUUGACGGAGUCGUAUCACGCGCUGGUUACAUUUAACGCCGCGGCGAAGACGGCGAGUAGCUGA